ACUAUAUUUUGUUUUAUAAAACGCAUUUUUGUUGUUGUUGUAAAGUUUUUAUUUUAUUUUUUCUAUUUUUUAAAUUAAGUCCAUCAAUGUUGUACACGUAAUGGAUCUGCAGCUAGAUGCCGGCAGCCAGCAUCUAGAUGUCGGCAUCUAGAUGUCAGCAUCUAGAUGUCAUCUGCCAACAUCUAACGCCAGAUUGUGACGGUGGUGGGGGGUUGGUAGCUAAACAAUUUUUUUUAUUAAUCUAAUAUAUAUAAAUCUUUUACGGGGGGGUGAAAAAACCAAUAAAUAAUAUGAUCUAUCGUGGAAGAAACGUUAGUCGAUUUUCAUCGUCGCCGAGGAGAGUUUAUGGUCGAGGACUAGUUAAUUCCAUUAUAAGUUCUUUACCAUUUGAGCUACAUUUACCCGGUUAUCAAUUUUGUGGCCCUGGUACUGAUUUAAACAAGCGAUUGGCGAGAGGUGAUCAAGGAAUUAAUAAGUUAGAUAGUGCAUGUAAAAGUCAUGAUAUUGCAUACAAUCAAUUUAAGAAUUUAAGUGAUCGUCAUAAAGCCGAUUUAUUAUUAGCAGAUAAAGCGUGGAUUCGUGUUAAAUCAACGGAUGCUACAUUAGGUGAAAAAGCUUUCGCUUGGGCCGUUACAAACGCAAUGAAAGCCAAAGUUAAAUUGGGAAUGGGUAUGAAGAUCAAGAAGAAGAAACAUGGAAAGAAAAAAAAGACAAAAAUAUCGUUUCGAGCGGCUGUGAAAAGUGCACGAGAUGCUUUAAAAAAAAACAAAAACUACCAACAUCAAUGAUACAAUUAAAGUUGCUAUUACUGCUGCUAAAAAAGUAAUUAAACGAAAAAAUGUACGAACACCGCGAAUCAUUCCAAUUCCAAAAGUUGGUGGUGCACUCCCAUUUUUACUACCCUUAUUUGCUGGUCUAUCGGCUAUUGGUUCACUAGCCGGUGGUACAGCUGGUGUGGCUAAAGCCAUAAGUGAUGCUAGUAAUGCUAAAAAACAACUUGCUGAAAAACAACGUCAUAACAAGACAAUGGAGGAGAUUGCUUUGAAGAAUGGUAAUGGAUUAUUUUUGCGACCCUACAAAACCGGCCUUGGUUUAUACAUGAAUCCCAGUCCAAAAAACUUUCAAUGAAGCUACUACCGAAACGCCCUCUAAAUGAAUUAGAUCUAUAUAAAUAUUGUAAAAAUAUUCCAUAUUUUCGUGGUGUU